AAAAAAAAAGUCCACUUUCCUUCUCCUUCUUCUUUUUCCUAUAAAUUUUGCAACAUCUAUUUGCAAAACUUUCCUUUUCAUCUUUUUCCCCUCUCUCUCUGUAUAUAUUCUACAUAUAUAGAGGGAGAAAAAGAAAAUCAAGAAAAGAAGAAGAAGCAUAUGAGCCAAUAUUGUUGAAAAAAUAACCACAUUUGCAAAAAUGUUGGCUUUUGAGAGCAUACAAGAGGCCUCUAUGUCUCUAGGGAGGAACCUAACAUUUGGAGAGACAUUAUGGUUCAACUACACAGCUGAUAAAUCAGAUUUCUAUCUGUAUUGCCACAACACAAUUUUUCUGAUCAUUUUCUACACGAUGGUCCCUUUGCCAAUGGUGAUUCUUGAGCUAAUGAGGUCCAACAAGUUUGAUGUUUACAAGAUUCAACCCAAGAUCAGAUUUUCUUUAUCUGAGAUGAUGGAAUGCUACAGAAAAGUCCUCAUCACUUUUAUAUUUGCUGUUGGCCCCCUCCAAUUUUUCUCCUAUCCCAUCAUUGAGUGGGUUGGAAUAAGGACAAGUUUGCCCCUGCCAUCUGCAUCAGAAGUGUUUUGGCAAUUACUGGUAUAUUUCUUAGUUGAAGACUAUGCAAACUAUUGGCUUCACAGGAUGCUUCAUCACUAUAAAUGGGGUUAUGACAAAAUCCACAGAGUCCAUCAUGAAUAUGUGGCCCCAAUUGGUUUUGCAGCACCUUAUGCCCAUUGGGCUGAGAUUAUUAUCUUGGGCUUGGCUUCUUUCCUUGGCCCACUUAUUGUUCCUUGUCACAUGUUAACCUUUUGGCUUUGGUUUGUCUUGAGGCAAAUUGAAGCCAUUGAGACACACAGCGGCUAUGAAUUUCCAUGGAGUCCUUCAAAAUACAUACCAUUUUAUGGGGGAGCAAUAUACCAUGAUUAUCACCACUUUGUUGGAGAAAGUUGUCACAGCAACUUUGCUUCAGUCUUCACUUACUGUGAUUACCUCUAUGGAACCGACAAGGGAUACCGAUACCAGAAGGAAGUCUUCGAAAAGAGAAGAGAGAAAUUGAGGAUGGAAGACAAUCGUGAUGGAUCUACACCUCCCUUCAAAUCUGAAUAAAUGCAAUAACCCUUUUUUGAGGCUUUGAAACUCUGCCUUUUUGUUCUUUUUAUUUUUAUUUUAAAUGUGUGAUCCUUUCUCUCUCUUUCGAGACAAGUUGAUUUAGUAAAAUGUUGGAUUAAGUGUGAAUGUACGUGCUGCUUCUAUCAGGCACUAUAUAAAUGGAGUGCUUGCAUAGUUUGUGUUUUUUCUUAUGUAACCUAAAAGUUAGAGAUGUUAAUUAUAUGGCUAGUUCUAUAAUUCUUCUUUAUGCACCAUCUUUUGAAACCUA